UAUUUUUCCCCUUUGCCGGCUCUGAGGUGCGUGUCAUAUGAUUUAGCCAAGAUGGCAUUGACCAGGUUCCUGGUCCUUUUCCUUCGGCUGCUACUGCUGGGCGGAUCUUGCAGGCUGAGUCUAGGGAGCGCGGCGGGGCCGGUGCCACUGGUGAUGUGGCAUGGCAUGGGAGACAGCUGCUGCAAUCCCGAGAGCAUGGGUUACAUUAAAAAAAUCGUGGAGGAGAAAAUCCCAGGCAUUUAUGUUCUGUCUCUGCAGAUUGGCGACAAUUUAAUUGAGGAUGUGGAGAACGGUUUCCUCAUGAAUGUGAAUGAUCAAGUGAAGCUUGUGUGCGGCAUCUUGGCAAAGGAUCGGAAGUUGCAAGGUGGCUACAAUGCCAUGGGCUUCUCACAGGGAGGACAGUUCCUGAGGGCAGUGGUGCAGAGGUGUCCAUCUCCCCCUAUGUUCAAUUUAAUAUCUGUUGGGGGUCAGCAUCAAGGAGUCUAUGGUUUCCCACGCUGUCCGGGGGAAAGUUCACGCCUCUGUGACUGGAUCCGGAAGAUGCUGGAUCUUGGUGCUUACACCGAGGCUGUUCAGGAUCGACUGGUUCAGGCUCAGUAUUGGCACGAUCCACUGAAUGAAGAAGAAUAUCGGAAGCAGAGCCUUUUCUUGGCUGAUAUCAACCAGGAACGGUGCAUCAAUCAAACUUACAAGAAAAACCUGAUGUCUCUGAAAAAAUUUGUGAUGGUCAAGUUCCUCAGUGACACCAUGGUGGAUCCUCCUGCCUCUGAGUGGUUUGGUUACUAUCGUAGUGGCCAAGCCAAGGAGACCAUUCCCUUGAACGAGACCUCACUGUACACAGAGGAUCAUUUGGGACUUAAAGAAAUGGACCAAGCAGGAAAACUGGUAUAUCUGGGAGCAGAAGGGGACCACCUCCACUUCUCCAAAGAGUGGUUCUUCAAGAACAUUUUGCCCUUCCUGAAAUGAAGCUGAAGCUUUGCUAUCCUACCAAGUCCAGUUGCUGGAACUCUCCUUCAGGACAUCUUGGCCAAGUUUGGCAAUUACUGCCUGUAAUCGCUUGCUUGGAGGGGUGUGUGUGUGUUCUUACUAACUCAGAUUAUAGUUUCAUUUCAGGAUUCACAACACUCACUAACCAAAUGCCAUUGCUCCCAGCAGCUUUCUUCUCAGCUUCCUGCAAACAAAAAGCUCCUUCAUGCAAACAACUUCCCAGUAAUUUAUUUUAUUUUUAUUUCAUUAAUUGUGGUUUGGGAGCCCAUUUGGUUUAAAUAGCCACACCCAUACCCUCAGUUCUAUUGAGGUCACAUUAAAAUAUAACCAAAAACAUUUUUUCAGUUUUAACUGCAUCAGUCAUAAAUGAAAGUUCUAGUUUUUAUGUGUCCCUUUUUAAAGAUGGGCAACUAGCAGAAGAACUCAACUCAGAAUACUGUUAGAACACAUACAAGUCUGUGCACUUAUUGAGAAUACUCUAGUGUAAUUGCUAAGCCUCUGGCAGAUUUCUCAGGGAGUUGAAUUUUUCUUACAUGCCACACAGUAUUAUGUUAAGCAAGGGCCGGGGCCUUAGCUUGGGUGUUUUUGCUUGUUUGGGUUUCUUAGUAGCAAAGGGGGUCUUGAUCUCAGACCUAUACUGAAAGUAUAGUUCUAAAUGUGGCUAUAUGGCGUAUCCGAAAAGUGUUGCCAAACAUUUAUUUAAAGUAAGGCUGGACAGCUUACUACAGCAAUACUUUCAAUUAGCUAAGAGGGUAGUGGGUGUGGCAUUGUGGGUGUGCGCUGUGUAAUUAAAGUAAGCUUUUCUACACUGGAGACUUCGUCACAAUAAGCAGAUGAACAUUUGAUGUAUUCCAAUAAAAGUUUCAACUAA